UAACCAAUGACAUUGGCCAGAUAGGCAUCAUGCACUGGGAGAAAUCGUCACCGUCUGCCCCCGGCAGGUCCAGACCCUAUCAGGGAGUCCGAGUCCGAGACCCGGUCAAAGAGCUGCUGAGGAAGAAGAGGAGCCUGGAGCUGCAGAACCGCAAGCCGACGCCCCCUGAUGCGGAUGUGGUGUCUCACAACAACCAGUCGUCAUUUUCACCAGGAAUCUUCGGGUCUGACGCCGCUGGCGAGCCUCCGGCGGAGGUUUUGGUGGCGGGUGGCGACGGCGGGCAUCAGGGCGGGGGCGGGGCAUGGAAGGCAGCGUUACCCUGCGUGAGCGGCGCCGGGCUGCCGCCCGCCAUGAUGCCCUGGUCUUCAUCUGAUUACAGCCAGCAGCAGCAGGACCCCCCGGCCCAGACCGCCGCCCACCCGGCCGGCCCGGCCCUCGCCGCAGACUUGUACAUGCAGACGCUCUGCCCCAGCUACACCAUGCUGACCUACACACACACACCACUGCUCACCAACUUUGGGACAAUACCCGUGGCUCCAGGACAAACCAGCCUCCCUCCGAUGGAGCUCCAGGACUCAGGGUUGACCUACCUCCCCUGGGCUCAGUCCCUCACCACCAUAUCCACCAUGCCGAAUCCAGGAGUCCAGUUUGCCCCCGGAGCUGCUGCCCUGCCCGGGUCCUCCUUGGUCCACAUGCCCUUGUCCAUGUCUCUGACCACCAUGAUCCCACAGCUGGAGCCCCCGUGCGUUGGUCCCCACCCACAGAUCCAGGAUCUGCCUCACUCAGACCACCACCUGGAGCCGGGCGCACAUGGUCAGUCCCUACACGAUGAUCCAGAGGUCCGGCCAGAGUCGCCAAACCUUCUGGAUAAAAUUCUGGAGGAUCGCAAAGAAAGUGGGGAAGACGACGACAAAGACUCAUACAGCAGCUCCAUCUUCAUACCCGACGUCUGAAAGCACGAGUACCACACGUCUGAUUUCAUAAAACAAGAAAGACGUCAUGGAACACGUUGGUUUGGAAAAAUACUCCAACCUUCGUACUAUCCAAGACUAGCUGUAUUAGUUAGACUGUUAGUUAGUUAUAGUUCAGACUGUGUUCUUGAUGGUUCAUAUUUAAAUUGAGUAUUUUUUUCUUCAUAUUUCAAAGCAUAUUGAAUCAAGUCAACCGCUGUUCUUUACCUCCACCUCAACUCUGCAUCUUUAAGAAGCUCGCUUUCACCACAGCGGCUCUGCGACAAUGUUUCUAAAAUUUACACUCUCUUAAAUUUACAGAAGCCUCAUUUAUAGAAGGGAGAACUGGCAGGUAUUGGGGGAAAAAAAAAAUGUUCAAAAAUACUUGAGGCCCAUCGUCUUGCAGCCGGGUGAAAACGUCAUUUUCUGGAAUCAUUUGGGCUCAGUGCAGAAUUGUCUCCAAAGAAGCAGUGUUUUCAGAAUGCAGCAAAAAUGUUUUGUGUUUUUCACUUGAUAUGGUUGCUGUGUAAACAGGCCUGAAGUAAUUCCUGCUCCCUAAAAGGAGAUUAAAGAAAUAUUACUCGAUCAGGAAAUGGUUAAGUUUGCUUUUUUAACAAAACAUGAACCAUUUGAUUAGCGGUUUGCGUCUUGUUAUUAUGUUAUUUUGGCUCAUGUAAGAACAAGUGCUGAAGGCCUCUUGAUGCCUGAUUGUUAAAACAUUAACCUGUUUUUCUCAGCCUUUUGUUAUCCUGAAGAAGAGUCUUAUCUGUGUUUUAAAUAAAGAUUCCAAGCUGACUUUUGACAUGUUGCUUGUA